AUGAUUAAGGAGACAAAUAAAAAUAAUAAAACCGUGCCACUUCAUAUUAAUACCGAUCCACUUGGUAUCGUUUUUUAUGAUGAAGGAUUAACAGCAACCCAUCAACCUUCUCCAUUUCCUUCGCCUUCUUCUUCUUCUUCUUCAACUAUUCAUUACUUAAAAAGAACGGAUAGUUUCCGUAAUAAAUGUCAACUUUAUCGACGACCCAAUUCAAAUACAACAUGUAUCAAUUCCAAGUCAUGGGAAUCGAUCAAAAGUCCAGCAGCAUCCUUUUUAGCGAAUUUUUCAUUUUCUCCUGCCUCUGUACAAAUCGAAAAUGAACAAGAUGGGGAUGAAAUUGAUGAUUAUGUGUUGGAUAAGAUGAUUGGACAUGGUGGUUUCUCUACAGUACGUUUAGGCUUUCGUAUCUCUGAUGGACAAAAAGUAGCAAUAAAGAUCAUUAAAAGGACAUCGUCUUCUUUAGACGAACUUCGAUUGGAACGUGAAUUAUCUAUUUGGAAAAAUUUAAAUCAUCCAAACAUUGUAAAGCUUGAGAAGGUCCUGGAGACUGAUUCAGCUUUCUUCCUUGUAUCAGAAUAUUGUUCAGGUGGGAAUCUAUUAUCAAGAUUAUUACAUGAUCAUCAAGAGAAUAAAGGAAGAAGCAGCAGCAGCAUAGAAGAGACGACUAUGAUAAAGUCUAUCUUUAUUGACUUAUGCAAGGCUCUUUAUUAUUUGCAUGAGGAAGUCAAAGUAUGUCACAAAGAUCUUAAAUUAGAAAAUAUUCUAUUAGAUCAAGAUGGUCGAGCUAAAUUAUGUGAUUUUGGUUUAGCUAUCUAUCAACAGCCUUCAAUAACUACACAUAUCAAUACCAUUCCAUUAUCUCCAGAGUGUGUACAGGAUGAUCUUGACUGUGCAGCUGGUUCAUUAGCUUAUGCUGCACCAGAACAGAUCAAAUCGAAAAGAGCUAUUGCUUGUCCAUCCACUGAUAUUUGGUCUUUAGGUGUCAUUCUUUAUGCUCUCAUCACAGGAAGACUCCCAUUUGCAGAUGAGUUUGAGCUUCGUUUACAGCAAAAGAUAUUAGAGGGUCAAUAUGAGAUGCCUACCACCAUUUCACCAGAAUUACAAGAUUUAAUUCGAAAUUGUCUUUCUGUCAAUCCAGACACAAGAUUUACGAUUCAUCAAGUAUUACAAUCUUCUUGGUGUAGUAGCAUGUUAACUUGA